GGAAGUUAUGAACGGGGAUAAAAAGCAGACUACUCCAUAAUACAGCUGGACAGGAGGGAUUUGCCACCUCGAAAAUGCCUGGAAAGAAGGUCUGCAUCGUCGGAUCUGGGAAUUGGGGCUCUGCGAUUGCCAAAAUCAUCGGGCACAAUGUCAAAGCGUCCAACAGGUUCGACCCCAUGGUUAACAUGUGGGUUUUCGAAGAAAUGAUCAAUGGGAAAAAGCUGACAGAGAUCAUCAACACAGAGCAUGAAAAUGUCAAGUACCUGCCGGGUCACAAACUGCCAAGGAAUGUGGUGGCGGUUCCAGAGAUCGCUGAGGCAGUGAAGGGAGCGAAGGUCCUCGUCUUUGUCAUCCCACACCAGUUCAUCGCCAAGCUCUGUGAUCAGAUGAAGCCACACAUCACAGAGGGAACCAUCGGGAUAUCACUCAUCAAAGGUAUCGAUGAAGGACCAGAGGGACUGAAGCUCAUUUCAGAUAUCAUCAGAGAGAAGCUGGAGAUUGAAGUCAGCGUCCUGAUGGGGGCCAACAUCGCUAAUGAGGUGGCAGAUGAGAAGUUCUGUGAAACCACCAUCGGGUCAAAAAAUGAAGCCAAUGGCCUCAUCUUCAAAGAGCUGCUGCAGACUCCCAACUUCCGCAUCACUGUUGUGCAGGAGAGUGACACAGUGGAGUUGUGUGGAGCUCUCAAGAACAUUGUAGCGGUGGGUGCUGGAUUCUGCGAUGGCCUGGGUUUUGGGGACAACACUAAGGCGGCGGUGAUCAGGCUCGGUCUGAUGGAGAUGGUCGCCUUCGCCAAGAUGUUCUGCAAGGGCCAGGUGAGCUCCGACACCUUCCUGGAGAGCUGCGGCGUGGCUGACCUCAUCACCACCUGCUACGGAGGACGAAACCGCAGAGUCGCCGAGGCCUUCGUCAAAACAGCCAAGUCGAUUGCCGAGUUGGAGGCGGAGAUGCUCAACGGCCAGAAGCUGCAAGGUCCACAGACUUCGGCUGAGGUGUACAAGAUCCUGCUGAAGAGAGACAUGGUCAACCAGUUUCCACUGUUCACCGCAGUCUACCAGAUCUGCUUUGAGGGCAAGGAAGUGAAAGAGUUCAUCACCUGUCUGCAGAGCCACCCAGAGCACAUGUAACGGGACUGGGGGUGCACGAGUUCUUCAAUGGAAAUGUUCCACCACUAGAGGGCAAAAGAGUUUUACAUGAGCUUUUAACGCACAACCACAAAACCCAGAAACCAUCUACUAAAAAGCACUAUUACUUUAUCCUUAAAUCUUCAUGAUAUUUGUCAAAGCCGACCUAGAUUUUCUGUAUCUUUACCAGCUUACAUAGUUUGUGAUUUUGUUAUUAUACCAAGUACAAUGUAAUGUUGCAUUUAAUAAGUAUUUUUUUGCUAUCAUAUUUAAACAGCUGCUGUGGGAAAUAUCAAUGAUGUUAUGUUUGAUAAGCAUUGGAAAACGUUUCUUCUCUGUUAUUUUUGGAAUCUGUGUCAGUAAUAAAAAUGCUGACCCAUAUUUUGGUCACUAAUUCUUAAUUUUUCUAUGGAGGUGCAGUCAUUUUGUGCUCUGUCUAGCUUCCAUGACUGACAGCAUGUUUACACUCUCAAAAAUCAAACAAAUCAGUCUUUCUUUUUUGGAUAUUCUUUUUUCUAUAUUGUGGAGCUGAUAUGUCAUCAAUAAA